UGGGGGGGAGAAAGUUGGAGCGUCUACUCGAAGAAGCUGCGGCCGCUAAACCCGGAGUGAGACCGGCCCGCGGCGCGGAGCGGAGACCCCAUGCGGCCCUGGACCGGCUCCACCCCAGAAACAGCUGCAUGUCGUACCUGUACCUCAGGAGCUGGGCUGGGCCAUGGAUUCCCUGGACAUGAACAAACUGAGCGGCGGGCGGAGGACUCGGGUGGAAGGGGGCCAGCUGGGGGGUGAGGAGUGGACUCGUCACGGGAGCUUUGUCAACAAGCCAACUCGGGGUUGGUUACAUCCCAACGAAAAGGUCAUGGGACCUGGAGUUUCCUACCUUGUUCGGUACAUGGGUUGUGUGGAGGUCCUCCAGUCAAUGCGGGCUUUGGAUUUCAGUACUCGUACCCAGGUCACCAGAGAAGCCAUCAGUCUGGUGUGUGAGGCUGUGCCCGGAGCCAAGGGGGCUGCACGGAGGAGAAAGCCCUGUAGCCGCCCACUCAGCUCCAUACUGGGGAGGAGUAAUCUAAAGUUUGCUGGCAUGCCCAUUACCCUAACUGUUUCUACCAGCAGCCUCAACCUCAUGGCUGCAGACUGUAAACAGAUCAUUGCCAAUCACCACAUGCAGUCAAUCUCAUUUGCAUCCGGUGGAGAUCCGGACACUGCAGAGUAUGUUGCCUAUGUUGCCAAAGAUCCUGUCAAUCAGAGAGCCUGCCACAUCCUGGAGUGUCCAGAAGGACUAGCACAGGAUGUCAUCAGCACCAUUGGCCAGGCCUUUGAGCUGCGCUUCAAACAAUACCUCAGGAAUCCACCCAAGCUUGUCACUCCCCAUGACAGGAUGGCUGGCUUCGAUGGCUCAGCUUGGGAUGAGGAGGAAGAAGAGCCCCCUGACCAUCAGUACUACAAUGACUUCCCAGGGAAGGAGCCCCCUCUCGGGGGAGUGGUAGACAUGAGACUUCCUCGUCCAGCCCCACCCAGCACUCAGGCUGCCAGCCACCUAGGAGCCACUUUGCCCGUUGGACAGAUCGCUGGCAGUGACUUUGAGGGCCGGAAACAGCUCCCUACUCCUGGGCCAGGUAGAGAACUAUUUGAUGAUCCCUCCUAUGUCAAUGUCCAGAACCUGGAAAAAGUCCGGCAAGGAGCUGGUGUUUCUUCCAACCCUACUACCAAUGGCAGUGCUCCACGUGACCUCUUUGACAUGAGUUCGGACAAAGGAUCACCGAUUCGAAAGUGUCAGUCACCUCAUCAGCUACCACAUGGACAAUCACCUACCAAUCAUCUCUGCAGGGAGCGAGCUGUGUCUUCAGCAACCAGUAGAACGGAAGCUAUAACUGACCUGAUCCUGUUUUCAACGCUAUUUCAGCCUCCAGGACAUUCCCUUUCACUUUUCUGGUCCCAAUUCCAACAGUUUUCUGGGGAGAAAUGUUAUGGUUGCAGCACUCUGUGAUAUCUGUAACUGGCCUAGAUCCUUGGGUUCAGGUCCUGGAGGAGGGAUUAAUCCUUCUCUUCUAUAAGAGUAUUAGUGCCCAUGCCAGCCUCAUGGACCUAGGCAAGAUCCCCCAACCAGAGAGAGGAAUCUUAGGGACAAUUACAGUGGAAUGGGAUUUUUCUUCAAAGGGACAAAAUUCUAUCCCUUCUCCAGUGUUUAAAACCUUGUGCCUUUGACCAUGCGCCAGGUCCAAAUAAGUUUUAUGCAAAGUUUAUCUGUGGGCUAGAAAUGUUUGAUACUCUGCCUCUAGAAUCAUGUUCCCCCAGCCCUCCUUUAGUCUGGUUCUACCAAACUGGGCUUGGAAGACAUGGGGCAGAUAUGGUUGCUCAUCCUUCAUCAAAGAGGAUGUUCAGUCCUCAUAGCCUAGCCCAGAGCACCACUUCCUGGCCAGGGGGAGGUGAAUGUCCAGUCCCCAAUUCUCCCCUCUGCCACAUACACAGAGUGCCUCCUGGCCAGGCCCCCCUACUUCAGGGGGUCUGUAUAUACAUUUCGUAAACAUCCACCCUCCCUAUCCCCAGCGUUGCAUGCACAUUUUCCUACUUUACAGCCAAAGUGUAGCCCCUUGUAGCCUCUCCAACUCCUUUGAGUUGGACAGUGAAUCCAGUGUUUGGUUCUUUUAUACAGUCAACUCUCAAUUUUCUGCAUUAAUUUGAGGGGUAAUGGUUAUCUAUAACUGUGGAUAAUUCCCAUAUAGUUUUUUUUUUUUUUUAGUUUGGGAAGUUAUAGUUUUUGCAACUGAAUUAUUUCCUAAUUUUGUCUUGCUUGAGCACAAAAGUUAUCUUUAUACAUAUAGCACCUUUUUUAUUUUUUCAAAGACUUCAUCUAUUAUAUCAUUUUACCAUCAUGACAAGCCUGUGAGAUAAGUAGCAUAGGCAUUAUUAUCUCCAUUUUACAAUUGAGAAAACUGAUGCAUAGAGGUUAGGUGAUUGUUGAAAGCCACAUAGACAGUAAAUGGCCAGGACUGAAAACCAGACCUCAUCUUAGCCUAGGAAAAGGCUGGAAUUUAACUUUGCUGCAGAUAAGCCUCAGAGAGGAGCAUUUAAAUCAAUGUAUUUAUUGAGUACCUGUUGCUAGACAAUGGGAGGAAUACAGAAGAGAUAGAAGAUACUCCUUCUAAGGAGUUGUGGUUAAUGGAGAGUUGACUGUAUCUUUAUCUCCUCUUCUAUUUCUCUUUCCUACCCUUAUUUUGUUUGAAUCGAUUCACGGGUCUCACUUAUACCAAAGGGAAAUGUCAUUAAAGAUCAUUAUUUCUUUUA